UGUGUGCGUGUAUUUCUAAGCACGACACCUUUCUGUCUAGUAAGAUGACAAAAUUGGGUCUUUACGUUGUGCUAUUGUGAGCUGUCAGUAUGAGUAAAACCGAGAUUUCAUUUCAUGUAAAUUGAAAUGUUGUAGACUGUGCAUUUAAGGCUCUGUUUGAUUCGCACUUUUGUGUAACAUACUUGUGUUUUGGACGUCUCGCCAGCUUUCGCUGUAAGGACUAUUGAUUUAUUCGGACUAUUGUGGACAAGUUAUGUGUUCAUCAAAACUCGCAGGACUCAUUUGUAUUUUCGUUCUUCUUCCGUUCACAUACUGUUGUCAAAGCGGAACGUUCCCUUGUGGCGAUGAUAAAGAGCAAUGUUUUCCACAAGAAUUCCAGUGUAACGAUGUGGUUGACUGUACAAACGCCGCUGACGAACAGGAUUGUGAGGAAAAAGCUGGCUUCGGCGAUGACUUUGACCGACGCCACAACACAACGAUAGUAUUGAAGUACGAUGUGGGCAAUUACAACACCAACGUUUGCCUCAUCCCCGUAUACCCUCCGGUGUGUAAAUGUGGAAACAAAACAGAAGUGGAUUGUUCGGCGACAGGCAUGACAACUAUACCGCAAGCUAUAUCAAGGAAUAUUUCAAGAUUGACUCUUCUCGGUAAUGACAUCCAAACAAUUUUGAACAAUUCUUUCGUGAAUUUUGAGCAACUACAUAAGCUAACAUUAGCACAGAACGGGUUGGUAAGGAUGGAGAUUAAUGCCUUCAAUGGCUUGACGGAAUUAAAGCAACUAUAUUUAUCAGAAAACAAUAUAAAAGAAAUACCAUCGGGGGUGUUUUUGCCCCUCAAGAGACUUGAGUGGUUGGUGUUGGACUACAACGAACUAACAACACUCUUGGGGAAUCCGUUUAAAGGCUUACUAAGUUUAUAUUGGCUAUCUGUCCGACAUAAUAAAAUCAACGACGCCAAUAUCCGGACCGUCUUGGAAAACUUGCCGUCAUUAGCUUGGCUAGAACUGGAUCACAAUAAAAUCACAAGAAUUGAAGCGGAAGAUUUUGCACGAGACACACCAAUGUCGACAUUGUCGUUGAAAAAUAAUGAAGUGUCGUAUGUUCAUCCUCUGGCGUUUACAUCUCUCAUCAACCUUCUCGAUUUGGAUUUAUGUGGAAACAAGAUCAGCGAGUUGUCACCAAUGCAAUUCAAAAACUUGACGAAACUCGAUCGUUUAUAUUUUUCAUCCUUUCAAUACUGUUCGUAUGCGCCGCAUGUCCGAAAUUGUAACCCGAAGACGGACGGAAUUUCUUCCAUAUAUAACUUGUUGGAGAGCACGGUUCUUCGUGUGUCCGUUUGGACAAUUGCCACGAUGACUUUCAUCGGUAACUUUGGCGUCUUCAUUAGCCGUCUGCUGAUGAAAGCAGAGCAUAGAGUCUAUUCAUUGUUCAUUAUGAACCUUUGUGCCGCUGAUUUUCUUAUGUCAAUUUACUUGUUCACAAUUGCCGCACAAGAUUACAGGUUCCGUGAUGUAUACAACCAAAAUGCGCGUCAAUGGGUCGAGAGUACGGGUUGCAAGAUGUCUGGUUUUCUAGCAAUGGUUUCAAGUGAGGUGUCUGUACUUCUUCUAGCGCUCAUCUCAGUGGAACGCUUCCUGUGCAUCGUUUUCCCGUAUGAAUUUCACCGCCUGAAGGUAAAAGAGGCCGCAGUGAUCAUCUCAAGUAUAUGGGCCGUUGGCAUAUUGAUCGCCUGGAUUCCUUUGCUGGCUGAGGGAUAUUUUGGAAACUUCUACGGCACCAACGGGGUUUGUUUUCCGCUGCAUAUUCACGGUCCUCGAAUAAAAGGCUGGGAAUAUUCAGUGGCUAUUUUCCUUGGAAUGAACCUCCUGGCACUUAUAUUAAUCAUCGUUUCAUACAUUGGUAUGUUCAUUAGCAUUCGUACUACGCGAAAGGCGGCCGUACAGAUAGGGUACAAAGGCGAUAUGACUUAUGCCCGCCGCUUCUUUUUCAUAGUUCUCACUGACUCAUUGUGCUGGAUACCUAUUAUAAUACUAAAAGUAAUAUCACUUUGCAAUAUUCCUAUAGGAGACAACCUAUAUGCCUGGAUUGUUAUAUUCGUUCUGCCAUUAAACAGCGCCCUCAAUCCAAUAUUGUAUACGCUAUCGACCACCACUUUCUCACAAUGGUUUUUGAAGCUGUUGAAGAUCCAUAAACAAGUGUCACACAAUUAUGUAACGUACAGUCCGCAACGAACUGCACGUAGAAAAUCAGGCAUUGCCGAGGAGAAUGGUAGUACGGACGGGAUGAUGUCUUACGCAAACAGACCUUCUUUGCAGACUAACUGUAGUGACUUGUUAUCCACUGCUAUUUCAGAGGAUGCCGCCGAAGAUGUACGCAAUAAUACACAAUACAAGGCACAGCAUAGCGAUAAUGAACAGCCCGCCUCAACCUAUUUCGUUACAUGUGUUUGAAAGGUUCUGGAAAGUUGUCUCUUCUUCAUCUUUUUUGGUUUCUUUUUAUUCAAUUGGCCAUCUGUUGAAAGUGCGUAGAGACCUAGUAUUAUAAGCUAUACAAGUUUACAACCAUUACCGGAGUUACAAAAAUGGACCAGUCAAACUUUACCACUAGGCAAUUAGGAGAGAUCCAUGAAUACAACAACAAAGGGGCAUGGCUUCAUGGCUUGGCGCGGAACAGUCCAUAUAGCGAAUCAAUAUAGCUCUGGAAACAAAUAAACACUGAGACACCUAAACGAGUGCUGAUACUUUUGAACAUUUAGAGUUAUUAAUAAUAAUAAUACAUGUAGUCAAUAUUGUUGUAAAUACGCUAUUGCGCCAUAUUUAUAUCCCGCAUAUAUUGACACGAACUACAUUUCUGCAAAUUAUGUGCAUUCCAACAGAGGAGGAAUGGUGUAAACAGGCGUUAGUUUAAAGACAUGUUAAUAUUUGUUGAUAUGAUUUGACUUUCAAUGUGGGCAUUUGCAGAGACUACGAAAUGGCUACUUGACUUCUAAGAAUCAAGAAAGUAAAAAUUUCUGUAUUGCAAAAAGAUUUUACAUUAUGUUUGCUUAUGUAAUUUUACUUCAAAUGCUCAUAUACAAUGUGAUAUUGAAAUAUAUAUUAUCAUUAAAGGUUGAUGCUACGAAAUACAGUAGCUCUUUGACAUUUAAGAAACAAAUAUAAACGCUGCCAACAGCCGGCUAAACAACAUCAUUUAUUCACCGGAAACAUAUACACAAUGAAAUUGUCAAAGCACUCGUUAGAGUUAAUGACUCAAUCAUAACUCUACGCUUUAUUGCAAUAACAAUGAUAAAAUAUAUUGUAUAUCAGAAUCAAGUAACAUACGAUAUAUAUAUAAAUAUAUAUAUAUAUAUAUAUAUAUAUAAGACUAUUUAAAAUAUGUAAAAAUAUGUCUUGCGACUUCGCAUCGCAUACGUAAAAAUUAGAUAUUUUUGUACGUAAAUUGAAAGCUAAUGCAAGAGCAGAGUUUAAUAGAAUUUUUGUCAAUAUGAUGCGGUAAGGUAUGAUACGAUAUGAUGAUGUAUGAUAUGGUAUGAUAUAAUAAGAAAUGAAAUAAUGUCCUAUGAUAUGAAAGGAUAUGAUAUGAUAUUUUGAUAUAUAUAUGAUACGGUAUAUGAUGUAAUAUGAUUAGAGCAGCUUAGAUCAGUCGGCUGAACUGGUGGUAGCCACUGUGUACGCGCUGAACUAUCAUGGAGAUCUCUUGGUCCUUGCUUUAAUUUCCAUUGCUUCCCUUGCAUAUUAGCUGGAGGACUUAAAUGCUUGAAAUGCAAGUUAUGAUAGCACACCGUCAUUCGGAUGAGACGUUUAAGCUGUCCCUUGUGCAUUAAUAGCCCAUGUGCUGUACAGUCUUCUGAAAAUACAGGGGAUCAAUCACCACCAAAAGGACCCUAGGCCUGGAAAUACGUGUUCUUCACACACGGCACCAUAGAGUGCAGCUUUGAUGUUGGAGAAGAAUGUUAUACCGGAUUUGUAUAGAAUACGAAUAGGGCUUUGAAAUUCAAAUGGCGAACACUUAUGAAAUUGUGAAACAAAGGUAUAUUCCAUAUAUUUUUUUCUGACUAUAAGACAGCAAGAUAUACCGGAAAAUGUUACAAAUAUGUACAGGAAAUGAGUAUUGUAAAAGAUUUAUAUAUGAGGCGUAUGCGUAUAAAGCCUAGAGCAUACGAACGGUAGUUUUCAUCUAAGACAUUGUCUCAGUUUGCUUUUUAUCUAGGAUGAAAAUUCCAAUUUGAAAAACACGUGUUUCUUUAUACUAUAUAUAAAAAUGUAUAUAUCAGAUAUAAACAAAUAUAUAUAGUAUGAUUAUAUAUAAAAAUUAUAUAUAAAUUGUAUAUAUGUACAUACUUUAAAAACGCUUAAAAUGUAUAUACUAUGUUCGGUAUUACGCACGACGGUUUAUCUUUUAUCACAGAUAUAUAUUUAUAUAAUUAGUGAUAAGUAGCGCGCUAUCAGUGAAGUGGUAGAAAAAAGAAUUGUCGUCUGAUGGUGAUGU